GGUGUACACCUGUUAACCUGCAGCUCAUCCCCGAUGGAUCCAGGACCCCACCACCCGUCCACGUACAACCACCACCACCACUACCCCUUCUUGCCGGCCGCCGGACCGCCCACCGCUGCCGGCGACACCCUUCUCUUCCUCCUCGCCGUACCGGCAGGCUGGCUCAUCCGGCUGGUUGCCUUCCUCGGCGAGCGCGUCAUCUCCGCGGUCCUCACCCUCGUGGUCCUCCCCGGCGCGACGCUCGUGGGCGAGCUGCGCGCCGUCCCUGCGGCUGCGGCCUCCCUCGCCCGGCGCGCCGCCGUGGGCGUGCUCGCCGCGGCCUUCACCUUCGCGGCCCUGGCGGUCGCGUUAGUCGCGUCCCUGCUGCUCGGCUUCGUCCUUAUCCGGCACUGGGUGGAGGACCCGGUCACCGUGCACCAGCCGCUCUACUUCGACUACACCGAGCCGCAGCCGAGCGCCGCCGUGGCCCUCUGCCCCCCGGCGGGACACUCCGUCAGGGUGUCCAUAUCGCUGCUGCUGCCCGACUCCGACCACAACCGUCAGAUUGGCGUGUUCCAGAUUAAAACAGAGGCCAUCACCCCAAGUGGAAGCACCAUCGCAUCAGCCACCCAGCCAUACAUGCUGCGGUACAAGAGCGCUCCGGUGCGGCUAGCACAGUCCGCGCUGACAAUCGUGCCGCUCGCCUUGGGCAUGCGCAGCGAGAGCCAGUCGGCGACGCUGAAGCUCCUGCAGUACUGGGAAGGCCACGGCCGUCACAAGAGGACACGGCUCAUCAGAGUCUCUCUGCAGCCAAGAGCCAUGACAGUGCACCUGCCCCAGGUGUACAGAGCAGAGAUCACCGUGCAAACUGCGCUUCCAUGGUUCAAGGCCGUGGCGCGCAGCUUGAAAUGGACAAUGUGUGUGUGGCUCUCUUUCUGGGUCUAUGUCAUUCUCUCCCUGCUCGCGGUUCGUUGGGUCUGGCCACUCGCGCUAUCUGCAUGGGACAGUCACAGGGGGUUAUCUGAUCAUCAAGUCAAUGGGAAGACAAUUGCUGCUAAUCUGGGUGGAGGAGAUACAGGCCAGAGCUCACAUGAGGGAUCAUCGAGUGGUGGUGCUGUGAAGUGGAGGGACAGGAGAGGCAGGAGGAAAGCACAGAAAACGAGGCAUGGUGGCAUGGUUGAGCUCAAGCUCGAUGAGGGCUCGUCUUCUAGCUCUGCAGUGGCUGAGACUGAUGAAGUUGUCGACGACGAUCAUGGGGAGUCACCUGCUGCUCCAUUGUCUGAGUCCGAGUCCUGUUAGUUCAGUCAGUGCAGUGGGCUGCAAAGUUUAUGCUGACCAUCGAUCACAGUUUGUUACACGCCAUGUGUAGGAGAUCUGAAGGGCUUCCGUGCAGAACGACAUAUAAUAACGAAAAUAAAUGGCAAAGAUAUAUAUAUGUAUUAAUCGAUAAGCUGCAGGGAGUCACGUAAUUUGCGUUCCUUAUUCAUGUUGGUACCACGCUUUUAGUGUUUGGUUGACAUGAACUGUCUAUGGUCUCCUUUGGUCACAGAUGUUGGAUAGAUGAGGAUGGAGUAGUAGCUUGUUUCCGUUUCAGACUUUCAGGUCAGCCUCUCAGCAAUUAUAUGUCUUUGUACACUUUCUAGUCAUGGAGAUUAUAACCACUUGCUUUCCUGUGAUACCUGUUUUACUGCUAAUUGUAUUGUGUUUUCUUUUGUUUGGAUUCAUAUCUAGUUGAAUCACUUAAA